AUGGCGUCUCCCAGGGGCGGCGGUUGGCCGGGCCCGGCCUGCGGGUGGCGCCGGGCCGGCGGCGGCGCGAGCGAGGCGGCUGAGGCGGCCGAGGCCGGGGCGGAGGGCCUGUACGUGGCCGUGGAGCGCUGCCCGCUCUGCAACACCACCCGCCGCCGCCUGACCUGCGCCAAGUGCGUCCGCCAAGGCGACUUCGUCUUCUUCGACGGCCGCGACUCCGAGAGGUUCUCUGAAAAGAGAGAGAGACUAAAGCAUCUUAAAAGCAAGCAGAAUGAAUUCCAGGCCCAGUUGUUAAAAGCUAUGGAAAGGAAGUGGAUAACCAGCGACCAGUUGAGAUGGAAAAUCAUGUCUUGCAAGAUGAGAAUCGAGCAGCUGAAGCAAACCAUUUGCAAAGAAAACGAAGAGACGGCCAGACAUGCUGAGUGCCUCCUCAGAGUCAAGGAUGACAACCAGAAGCUCUACCGCCGGGCCCAGCGCCACCAGGAGAAGAAGGAGAAAAUCCAGCGGCACAACCGCAAGCUGGGCGACCUGGUGGAGAAGCGGAUCUGCGACCUGAGGGGCCAGCACGAGCAGCUGGCACGCCUGCGGCGGUCCCACGUCCUGGAGCUGACCUCAGUCAUCUUCCCCAUCGAGGAGGUGAAGCUUGGCGCGAGGGAUCUGGUGGACAUGUCCUCCGAGAGCGACAGCGCCAUGACCUCCAGCACCGUCAGCAAGCUGGCGGAAGCCCGGAGGACAACCUACCUGUCCGGGCGUUGGGUCUGCGACGACCACAACGGGGACACCAGCAUCGGCAUCACGGGGCCUUGGAUAACCCUGCCCAGCAACGGCGACUAUUCCGCCUACUACAACUGGGUGGAAGAGAAGAAGACCACGCAAGGGCCAGACAUGGAGCAUAACAACCCUGCGUACACCAUCAGCGCCGCUCUGUGCUACGCGACUCAACUCGUCAACAUUCUGUCCCACAUACUUGAUGUCAACCUUCCCAAGAAGCUGUACAACAGGCAAUUCUGCGGGGAGAAUCUCAGCAAGCGCAAGUUCACUUGGGCGGUGAAGAAGUUGAACGCCAACAUCCUGUACCUUUGCUUUUCUCAGCAUGUCAACCUGGACCUGCUGCACCCUCUGCACACGCUCAGGAACCUGAUGUACCUGGUCAGCCCCGAGACAGAGAACUUGGGAAGAUCCGGGCCAUUCGAGAUCAGCGCCGACCUGGAGGACUCCAUGGAGUUUGUCGACCCCAGCGGCGCCGGCGAAACGGACGAGAGCGGGGACGAGCACGUCAGCGACGAGGAGACGGACCUGGGGACGGACUGGGAGAACCUGCCCAGCCCCCGCUUCUGUGACAUCCCCUCCCAGACCGUGGAGAUGCUGCAGAGCCAGAGCACCCAGGCCUCACAGCCAGUCGCCAGCAGCAGCGCCGGUGGCAUGAUCUCCUCGGCAGCAGCCUCCGUGACCUCUUGGUUCAAGGCGUACACUGGACACCGCUAGGA